AACUAUACGAUGUUCUGUUUGAUUAAUUAAAUAAUUGUGUAAUUUGUAUAAUUGAUUAUUUUUUAUGUUUUUGAUGUAUUGUGCUAACAUAGGAGUUUAGAAAAAAAGAUUUAAAUGCUUCGGGGCAACCCUGAAAAGCGGCUGUUGCUAAGCGACGUGUGUUGUGUUGAGCUUGGAGGAUCUGAAGUGUUAAAGAGUGGAGACAUUUUUUACAUCUUAAUCUACAUGUUUCUUGCUGAGAUGUCCAACGGCGUUGUAGCACCUGUUCCGACAGAAGUCGUCUGUGAAAAGGUGAAAUAUUCAGAGCCUGACUCUUUGGGUUCCUCGGGUACCAACUCGGACACCGACACGGAGUCAGACAAUGAGCAAGAACCCGACUCUGAUGCAGACCCCGAGAGAACAAAGGUCCCUUCAUCACACCCACCUGAAUUAGAAAGUGCAAAAGGCGAGGGACUCCAGAAACAGCCACAGCAAGAGAUAAGAAGGAUUCCAGCACAACCUAGAACCGAUGGAGACCUCCAUAUUCACCAUAUUAUAGAAUGUUCGUGUGAAGUGAUGACGUGCCAGUUCAACCCUGAGGGAACUCUACUGGCUGUAGGACUGAAUGACGGCACUAUAAAGCUUUAUAACCCCGAGAAUGGAGACUUUGUGAAGACGAUCAGGGACAGCAGCUGUAUCUUCGCCUCGAUGCCCGUCACGUCCAUCAGGUUCUGCCGGAGCGCAGAGUCACACUCCCUCCUACUGGCUACCUAUGCAAGUGGUAACGUCCGCUGCUGGUACGUGUGGGGGGGUGAGUGUUUAUGGAGUGUGAAGGAGGUGGCAGACAACAGAGAGAGCGAGGGGACGGCCAGGAGGCAGACCCUCUGCAUGUCCGUCUCCUGUUCCAACGAGCAGGCGGCCACUGGAGGCUCCGACUCCACCAUCCACCUCUACGACCUCGCCACACACCAGACGCUGCAGGUCUGCAAGGCCAGUUCAACCAGAACAGUAAUGGACGGCCACAGACUGAGGGUGUUUGCAGUGACCUUUCACCCCGAGAGAGAGAGGGAGUUCAUAUCCGGUGGCUGGGACAACACCAUACAGUUUUGGGACACUAGACAACAACACGCUGUUAGAAUGCUCUCUGGGCCACACAUUUGUGGUGACGCCCUGCAGAUUGACCCCGUGACCCAUCAGAUCCUGUCGGGGUCAUGGAGGAAGGACAGGACCCUAGAGAUUUGGGAGUAUGGAUCAGCAGAAAAAGUUUCAGAGGUGCUUCCUGAUUCUUAUGGAAACAGCAAAAUCUACUCGUGCCAUUGGCUGGGCCGGGAUCACAUCUUGGCGGCUGGGAGCCAAUUGAACGCGCUGAAAGUCAUUAACCGCCACACUCUGAUGACGGAGUCGCGGUACAUGGGUUUGUCUUCUGCAGUGUUUAGCUCCUCUGUGUGCCCUGCAGGGAAGUGGGCGGGGCUUAUUGCAGCCACCUCAGGAAACCGGGUGUGUUUACUGGAUCGAGGGGGCCAGAGGGUCAAGAAAAACACAGCGAGUGACUAGUGUGUGUGUGUGUGUGUGUGUGUGUGUGUGUGUGUGUGUGUGUGUGUGUGAGACAGAGACAGGAAGAGCUUGCGUCAAUGAGAAUGGGAGACCUGAGAACCUGUAUUAAUGUCUGUAAGAACUGCCUUAAGAGUGAUCUGUUCGGAUGAGAGUUUUCUGUCACAAACACUUAAUCCCUAGUAUUUGGUCCGUAUGUUUAAAGAUAGGAAUUGGACAUGCCUUGUAAAUAUUCUACCAUUUCUAAUGUAAUUCAUACAGAUUUUAUUUGUACAUUUUAUUCAGUUCCAGUUCCUGGUCAAAAUACAAUAUGUGUGACUACAGACAAACGCACACAUGCAAACAUUCCCAUGCUUUUGUUCAGUGGUUUUCUUUGUGACCUUUGUGACCUCUAUAGAAUGUUUUGGUUAAAAGGUUAUUCAGUGUGCUAAUAAAGUUAAGCCCUCGCACUGGGCGGUUAUGUGCA